GCCUGGAGAGUCUUGGGAGCCACUGGCCUGCAGAAGCCCCAGCCCCGACUGCCUUGCACUCUCCGCUUCUGCUUGUUCCUGCUGGACAUGAGCGUCGGAGCACGUUCCCGUGCCCCCAGCCCCUGCCUGGGCCGGGGGCUGCUGCUCCUGGGACUGCUGCUCCCGCCAGCGGUGGUCGCCCUCCCCACAGCCCCAGUGGACCUGGAGGGAGGAGACGAGGACCUGCGCUGCGUGUGUCUGAAGACCACCUCCCUAGUCCGCCCCAAGCACAUCAGCAGCCUGGAGGUCAUCGGUGUGUCAAGCUACUGUCCCACCCCCCAGAUGAUAGCUUCGCUGAAGAAUGGGAGGAAAAUAUGCCUGGACCCGAGUGCCCCUGUGUAUAAGAAAAUAAUUAGGAAGCUUUUGAAGAGCUAGUUACUGGCUGCCUGACCCUGUACCUUUUCGACAGAGCAUGUUUUUUAUUUUAGUUUUUCCAUGUUCAACCUAACUGUGGAAAAAUCUUCUGAAGUUUUUAUGAUACUUCAAAUUCUUAAUAAACAAAAUAAAUCGA